AUGGUGUCAGAACUCAAGGACGUAGCUUCAGCGCAUCCAAGAUACUUUGAGAAAUUUGACCCAGAUCAUGCACAGAAAUUUUUCUGCUCUGAAAAUGUGGCAGACUCCAUAGGAGCCUAUUUUCAGCGGGCGCAUAUACCAAUUCGCAUCAUCCACAGAAGCUGCUUCUAUCUUGAAACAGUCUCUACAUCAUUACUUCUUUCGGUAUUCUUGAUUGGUACCAUAUGCCAACCAGUGGAGAACCUUUCUCCGCUUACUAUACAAUACGCGGAUAUAAUUGAGUGGUCGGUAUUUGAAGACCCUCAGUUCCUUCGUCUCAUGUAUAUGAAGCAAGAGGAAAAUCCUAGCCAGAUUGCAGGCGACAAACUAGAGUUUGUUCAAGCUGCGCUUCUUGUGAUCAUCGUGCAAUCAGCAAGUCCUAGUACCGAAGUCCGGCGUCGUAUUCGCGUUGUGAGGGUACCUGCCUUACUAGCAGUUGCUCGCGCUUUGUCCCUGACGAAGGUUCAGAGCAGAUGGAAUGAUAAUUAUGCCCUUUUGGAUCAUCGCAUCUUCAUCGAGGAUGAAACGCGCAUCAGGACAAUGUGCUUGGUUUUCGUCAUGGAUUGUCGGUUCGUCAUGUUCUACAAUAACCCGCCUUACCUCAACCCACUAGAACUACAGUUCGACUUGCCAGCGGGAGACGAGGGAAUAGACAUAGCGGACGAUAAAUCAUGGGAGCCUUGGGCGUUAGACCAAAGGUCGCAUGGGCGACCCCCUUCGAUGAAUGAAUUAAUGCAGGCCUUGAUGUGCAACCAAUGGACCGGCCCUGGUGAUCCGCAAUUUGGCAAUUUGAGCAUCUUCAACAUGCUUCUACUUAUGCUCGGAUUUCAUUCUAUAAUAUUCGGAAUACGCAAUAGCUUCUGUGACAUGUCGAAUGCUCGAAUACAAGUUGACCGCAGCCUCACUCGAUGGAAGGAUCUAUGGAACAGAUGCCUGGAAAGGUCGAGUGCUGACCAGAUCCGCCGAGCCGGGUUUAUGGUCCAGGCAGCUCAGGACUUAUGGCAUUACGCGGGGCUCUUACUUCGAACACCGGCAUCCAAGACUGGCCCCAUUGCAAAUGAUACGAUCACAAAUGUUCAUCGCGUGCUGAAAGAACCUUGA